AUGCUGUGCUCUGGAGACCGGGAGAAGGGAGAUGUGGCCAUGGAAGAGAAGUGGGACUAUGUGAACCUCGAUGACUUCAAAUCCGAAUCCUGCUGGACCCCAUUCUCCUACUUCUUCCUUUGGGUCUUUUUCAUUGUUUCUUUGGCCGUCUACGGCGUCGAUACCUUCACGGCCGUCAACUUGUUGGCCUUCUCACGGUGGUCGGGUAGGGUGGAACCGGCCAUCCCAUUCAAUAUUUCACGAUGGAUUUUCGCCGCGUGCAUCAUCGCCUCCUUCGUGCUUCUAGCGUACCGGUGGUUCCAUGCCAUUCGCGCCAUUCGCUCAGGUAGCAUCACCCGCAGCUUUUUGGAUCCUCUCGCCGUGCGCGUUCAAAGUAUCCGAUUUGGUCAAAAGGGUCGCGGAUACCGGCGAUUCCUGGUGUUUGCCGAAUUGACGAAAGACCGCAAGGCUGCGGAAUAUGUGGCUCUGUAUGCCUAUUUCUCGUUCCAAUUUUGGAUGAACACGAUUUUUGCGGAUGGUCCUCGCCAGGUGAUCAAUGCGAUCACUUUGUACUCGGUGAUGCAGAUGGACCUAAUUCCCGGAGGGAAAAAUGCUGCUCACGACGAUGGCUCUUCCUCCAUUGGUCAAUUCUUCAACAAUAUCAAAAUCCUCGCCGAGGAUAACAACCUUCAGGCCGUGGUGCUGUUUGGUAUGCUUUUCACCCUGAUCAUCUGGGUGCUGUCUGUUCUCAAAUUGAUCUCGGCAAUUGUCCUCUACCUGAUCUUCCUGUUCCAUCAUAUUCCCGCGGAAGACGGUACUCUGUCUCGAUACUGUCGCCGCAAGGUCGGGCAGCGGUUGAAGCGCAUUGUGCACCGCAAAAACAACAAGGCACUUGCAAAGGGACUCAAGUUACAAAAUCGAGCACCCACUCAACCGAGCUUGGCAGCCUUUGAUACCAAGCCCGCACUUCCUGUGCUCGACGACAAGGGCCCGAUAGUGACAACCAUCUCACGAAGCACUACUCAAACAACUCUUCCGACUUACUCGCGGUCCAAUUCAUCGACGGCCCCGGGCCACAACCCCACGCUGCCAAAUCUGGAUUUCGAUGCUAAGCCUCCACUGUCUCGAACUGCAACUUCUUCCUCCGCGAUAUCUGAGUCUGCUUCUCUGACGGGGAAUGCCGCUGGAAUGGGUUUCAGCGCUGUUGGCAACCCACGACCGACCCUUCCUCCAGUGCCACCUUUACCGGCAAAUGUGCCACACCGAAUGGCCACGCCUCACGCCCGAGCGACCCCAGCACCAUAUACCCACGGAAGGGACUAUGAUCGUGAAAGGGACUUGGAAGACUAUCGCUACGGUAGAACCGACUAUCGAGACUUGACCGAGAGCAGCUCGGACUCGUACGAGCAGCCGUAUCAGACAUACACACCGGCCGGAGACUACGGAUCGGAGUACGGCACUGAGCAGCCCGACGCCCGCUAUGCCCAUUUUGAUGCGCCAGGGCACUACGACCCGUAUGCUCAGGGGAGUCCACCACCUCACAACCCCGCACAGGAUUAUCAUCAUCCAGAUCCCUAUUCAGUGCGAUCAUACACGCCGGCCAGCACAGGGGCAACACCUGCCCCCUAUCGCACCUACACCCCAGCGAGCUACCGGCCAUCACCUCCCCCGGCUGCCUCCAUUGAGCAGCCACCCCGAACCUUCACGCCUGUUACCCCGGCGACUCCUGCACCGCAGACGGGGGGCUAUGCCGCUUUCAAUCCAUUCCAACCUGCUGAAGUUAGCCACCAGCGACCUCCAGCCCCGGAUAGCCACGCCCGUGCCAAUACCACGUCGCCUUCAGCCAUGCACCGCGCACCACCAGGUCACUCUUUCAACCGUGCCAACACGCAUCAAUAUUGA